AUGAUCGAUAAUUCUUACUUCACAUAUGAUGGCAACAGAGGAACAAAUAUUGAGUCUGCCAUCAAAUUAGCUUCAGAAAGCUUCGAAACAUCAUCGCAUCGAAGAAACGUACAGAAAGUUAUCGUAAUCGUUGCUUCAGCUUACGAAAGCGGAAACUACGAUGACCCAACUAAAAUCGCCAAAUCAUUCAUUCAAGACGGCGGUUUCAUCGCCACCGUAGAAUAUUUGCAAGAGCACGGUAAUCCGGUACCUUUGUUGAACACACUUUCCAGUGGACCGGAAUAUUCCUUCACAAACCGUUUCAGAAAUCUUACAGCCGAGCAAAUUCGACAAGCUUUCUGCAGAAUGUUUCCGUCAAAAACUAAAUUCUGGAUUGGUUUGAAAUACCUCGCCGCUACCGGUCUCUAUCAAUGGUCCGAUGGAACAUAUCUUUGGUCUUCUGACUUCCAAAUGUGGGCUCCAGGAUAUCCUAAUGCUAACGCCGGCUAUUGCGUCUACAUGUACCAGUAUACCGGAUUCAGCUAUGGAUGGUUCAACGACGAAUGCAGUGAUGAUCAAAACUAUAUCUGCCAGACGGUUCCGUGCAGCGCCGACAACUAUUGUGCCACAAGAGAUUAG